AUGCCAGACGCAGGGGGGGACCUUCAUCACCAGAGUAGCCAGAGCAACUCUAGUCGCAGUUAUAGUAACUACUACGCUAUGGAUAGGACUCGGCUUGACAUCAAGCUCUUUGCCGUUCGAUUCCUAGCUUACCUUCGGUCCUUGGGCUCAGGUUCGGAUUCCAACAAGGCCAUCCUGCGAUUCGCAUACGGGGGAGUCUUCUCGUCACCCACCACCCCCACCACCAACACCACCGUCGACCUCAGGAACGACCCGCCGCCAUCGUGGCCAAGGCCGGACCAACUCGGCACGAGCCCUAUUCCCGGCGGAAUCUUCGCUACCACGCCCACACCUAACGACCCAUCAAGAGUCAGACUCAACGAUAUACCGCCUGACAGCUGGGUCGUUCUCGUAGACUCUCCGGAACCUACUCAAAAGGGGCCGGAGAGACCACGUCCACGUAUUCGUCCACCACCUCCACCUCCACCCCGCUCUCAGCAUCCCGCUGACCCCCCCGCGCCUCCUUUAUCUAACCCCAAACAGCCCGCUGGCAACAUGGAUCCUCAAAGCCGCAGCCGCAGCACAAGCGACGGCAUCGAUGUCUUACAGUACUCUUUUGUCAAGAUUGGGCAACCCUCUAUCGAGAUUGCACCCGCGCAACAGCCACAAACGCCCAGCCUGGUCCGUAACUCCGUCAAGGUGGUUGGCGCGCUCACAGCCUUUCUGCUUGAAACCGGAACUCUCUCAGGCACUGAGAUCUCGCUGUGGGAGAAACAGGUCGCGGAGGUAGAGAGUGAGAUCCGCACACGGCGGGACUCCAUGAAAACCUCGGGAAGACGCUGCUUUGACAUUCGCGCUAUGCCUGAGAGUACUGCCCAGGCUUUGCUAAACCGGUUGCUAUAG